UGUUUAAUGGACUGAGCCCCCCAGGAGCCCUGCAGGCCCUUUCUGUUACAGCAGCCAGCUGGCCUCGCCUUUUUACCUCACCAUUGUCCUUUCCUGAGUCUGCUUUUGGUGUAGCUAGAGGGAUCCACAUCACCCUGUCCUCUAUUGGUUAAUUGAGCUCGAGAGAAACUAAAGUAUUUCAAGAACUAUUUUCAUUUAAAAAAUGACAAAACUUAAUUCAUCAUGCUUUUCAAGUUUUCCUUUUGCCUUCAAAGUGUAUCAUUAGAACCCAGAAGUCAGCCUCUUAUGCCAUUCCAUGUAUUGUCAAGAAUCCAGUCUAUUUCCAAGUGGCACAUGGACUUUAGAGCUACAAUUGAAAUGUCAGUGCUAAUGGCCAAUUUCAUGUCACUGAGUUAUUUUUUUCCUCCCAGCUUCAUUGAGAUGUAAUUGACAAAUAAAAUUGUAUAUAUUUAAAGUGUACAGCGUGAUGAUUUUCUAUAAUGUAUUGUGAGAGGAUUACGACAGUCAAGUUAAUUGACACAUCCAUCCCCUCACAUACUUCUUUUGGAUGAGAAUGCUUAAGGUCUCUCAGCAAAUUUCAAGUAUAUUCUACAGUAUUUAAUUACAGUGACCAUGGGGUACAUUAGUUCUUCAGAGCUUAGUAACAGGUUCUUAGGCUAAGGAUACAAUAGAGAAAAACAGAAGUUGGGAUUGUUUCAUUUUGUUCUGAUUUUUCUUUCAGCUUUGUGCAUAUUUAACUGCCCAAAUACUCUUUGCUGCUACCUUUUCAAGUGUAAGCGGGUCAGUAAUGAUUCUUUACAUGUAGCUGCAAAUGCCCAAAGGAGGAAUGGAGUCUAGUGAGUGUGAAAACGUGUCAAAAGAAAAGGAAGCAUUUGAAGAAGAAGAGUUUGAAGCUAGUGCUAUGGAUUCUCUGAUAGACAUGCCAUUUGCCACCGUAGAUAUUCAAGAUGAGUGUGCAAUCACUGAUGUACCUCACAUAAAUUUGGAGAGAAGUAAAGAAAAUGAACGGAUCAGUAAAGAUCAGAUAAAGAAGAAGAAAAAAAAGCAAAAAGAUUAUCAACCCAACUAUUUCCUAUCCAUUCCGAUCACCAACAAAGAGAUUACAAGAGGAAUUAAGAUCCUACAAAAUGCAAUAAUACAACAAGACAAACAACUGGCCAAAGCAAUGAUCAGUGAUGGCUCCUUUCAUAUUACCCUGCUAGUGAUGCAGUUAUUAAAUGAAGAGGAAGUAAACAUUGGUAUUGGUGCUCUUUUGGAAUUAAAACCAUUCAUAGAAGAAAUCCUCCAAGGAAAACAGUUGAUUUUGCCUUUUCAAGGGAUUGACACUUUUGGAAAUCAGGUUGGAUUUGUGAAGCUGGCAGAAGGAGAUCACAUAAACCCACUUUUGGAGAUAGCAGAGACUGCAAAAAGGACGUUUCAAGAAAAGGGCAUCUUGGCAGGAGAAAACAGGGGUUUUAAGCCUCAUUUGACUUUUAUGAAAUUGUCCAAAGCACCAUGGCUCCGGAAGAAGGGAGUGAAAAAAAUAGACCCCGAAUUCUAUGAAAAAUUUAUCAGUCACAGAUUUGGAGAAGAAAUGGUACAUCGCAUAGAUCUUUGCUCCAUGCUAAAGAAAAAGCAAAGUAACGGUUAUUAUCACUGUGAGUCUUCAAUUGUGAUUGAAAACAUUUUCUCCAGUGAGGACCUGUAUGAACGCACCAUUCCACACAAGGCAUUUUCAUGUUUGCUGCUUUUAAUUAGGAAUAGAAUAUUCCAGGUCAGAACGUUUCAUUCUGAGAAGAUAAAGUCUAGGUGGCCUGCAAAGAUUGAAAACGUGUUCUUCAAUUUCUUCCCCAAAGGAAACAUGUUUUGUGAGGAAACAGAUUCACACAUGAAUACUUCUCUCAUCUUAUCAGGGAGAUGGCAUGUGAUUAAGACAGACUCAUACACAAUUACGUUUCCAAGUGAGAAGUGUAUAAACCAAAUGAAGAUUUUUUUUUUUUUUUUUAAGCCAGAGCAGGGCUGUUCUGCAGUGUGAAUGUAUUCAAAGGAAUUUGUUCACAUGUGAUUCACAUGUGCUAUUUCAAAUCCAGGCAUCAUUCUUAUAAAAUGGUGAACUUCAAGAUAACCUGAUUUGUAUACUUUUGAAGUAACAUGAAAAUAUUCAAAGAAGAUAAAUACCCAUAUCUAAAUAUUUCAAGGUCUUCAACCAAGAUAAUUUCUCUCCACAUCAGCUUGAAGAAAACCCAUGGAAGUAUACAUCCUGAAAGAAUCUUAAUACUGAAGUCUUUUUAAUGCAUUAAGGAAAUGUUCCAGAGACACAAUUUUAUUUCCAAAUUCUCACUAGGUAUCUUCAGAGCGGUCGUCAUCUUAUCUUCCAAAGAUCUUAGCUAUCUUAAACAGAAGAUACUCAAUAUGUCGUUUGAAUUUACGUUCUGAAACAUUUCAAGUCGAUUUUUAAGGAAGACUUUUGUGUUUUCAGGAGUUUUGCUGGAGUGCUGUCUUCCAUGAAGUUUUGAUGAGGGCUAAGCAUUUCCUUUUAAGUUCAUUGCAAAUGGCAAAUGUACAAUUUUCUUGUGGAACACCGAUUUUGGCUAGCUUGCCAUAUCUUCUCUGUGAUUACUUUAGGCCAACCUUGAAGGAGAGCUCAGUGCUUCAUUGCCUCUCCCACUCCCAUUUAAAAAGCAAACAAACCCCCCUGAGCAAUCUGUAGAAUUUCCUGAAGAUACUGUGGGAUUGGCAUGUAUCACUGACAUUGCCAUUAGACAGCUGUGUUCAGCUCAUCCCAAAUUACAAUACAUCAACCGUUGAAUUUUUUAUUUUAUUGCUCUUUUCAGCUUAGUCUUCAAAACUCCCCUUAUUCCAGGCAAUAUCUCUAGAUUUUCCCCUCAGGCUUCUUUAUCUCUCAUCUUUUUCUAACUCAAAGCAAUUUAGCUUCUUUUAAGCUCCACCAAUCUUGUAUCCCCAUACUGAUCAUUUAACAUUUAUUUUAAAAAAUGGAUUUUGCCUAUUACAAAUACUCUACCUUUUCUGUCAAAUUUUGUGAUGUCAAAAUGAACUUUAAAAUUAUAUCUGCCUCGAUGAGGCUCCUGGGUGGCUCAGUCUGUUAAGCGUCUGA